AUGGCCACGACCACCAAGCCCGCACCAUCAAUCAUCCGACCAGGCAAGGCGCCGGAAGGCCCGCCUGGAUGGGAAGAGCGCAGAAUCGAGAAGCAGAUACAAGCGGAACAGGCCCAAGAGAGACGCAACCAUCGACGCGAGAACUCGACGGGUAUCGCCGGCAUCAAGGAGAAGGUGCACAAGAUCGGAGAGAAGAUGCACCUCGUCGAACCAAAAGAUCCUGCUCAGAGGAGUGCUGCUCAGCUGCAGGAUGCUUCCACUAUGCCCGAACAAGCCCCGAUGCAGCAGUAG